UCACUUUUUGUAAAUUUACACAGAAUUAAGAGCUUAUAUCCACAGAGCGAAACGUCGUCAGUUUUAUCCACCAGAACCAUUGGCAAUUGGAAAGAAACUCAGUGUUCUUUUGAGUCAUGUUGUUAAUCCACAGCAUUUUUAUGUUCAACAGAUGGGAGGAAAUGCUCGAUACUUGAGUAAUCUUAUUUUUGAAAUGCAGUCAAGUUAUAACAGUUCUGGCAGUGAUCAUUUAAUAGUUGCACCUGAAAUUGGUAUGAUAUGUGUUGCUCAGUACAGUUUGGACAAACAGUGGUAUCGUGCUCAGAUUAUAAGUUUACCGGGAAGUGCCAAAGUUGAAGUAUUUUAUGUUGAUUUUGGUAAUACUGAAAUUUUACCAUAUAAAAAAUUACGCAAAAUUGCUGACGACUAUAUAAAACUACCAUGUCAAGCCGUAAAAUGUGCGCUUGUUGAUAUUGCACCUGUGGAUGGUAAUGAAUGGUCUAAUAAGGCUACUACUUGGUUUACUGAAGCAGCUGGAAAGAAAACUCUUUCUAUGGGAGGAAAUGCUCGAUACUUGAGUAAUCUUAUUUUUGAAAUGCAGUCAAGUUAUAACAGUUCUGGCAGUGAUCAUUUAAUAGUUGCACCUGAAAUUGGUAUGAUAUGUGUUGCUCAGUACAGUUUGGACAAACAGUGGUAUCGUGCUCAGAUUAUAAGUUUACCGGGAAGUGCCAAAGUUGAAGUAUUUUAUGUUGAUUUUGGUAAUACUGAAAUUUUACCAUAUAAAAAAUUACGCAAAAUUGCUGACGACUAUAUAAAACUACCAUGUCAAGCCGUAAAAUGUGCGCUUGUUGAUAUUGCACCUGUGGAUGGUAAUGAAUGGUCUAAUAAGGCUACUACUUGGUUUACUGAAGCAGCUGGAAAGAAAACUCUUUCUGUAAAAGUUCAUAAAGUGAUCCCAAGAGAAGGAACUAAUCAGGUUAUUCUUUAUCAUGUUAAAGAAAAUUCAGAAAUAUGUAUAAAUGGGCUAAUUGUUAAGGAAGGAAUAGCUAUAAGUACUGGAAAUGAAUCUUGUAUUAUUGAAAUUCCGAGAGAUAUACCUCCAAGGAAAGUUUCAGAAGAAAAAUUUGAGCACAUUAAUAAAGUUAAAUCUAGCAAUACUAAGAAUAAUGAAGAUGCUCCAUUUAUUAUACCAUCAAAACCACCACCUAAACCAAAAAGUGAAGAUAAAAAAGGUUAUAUUGCUGUAAAUAUAAGUUAUGUUGAAACUCCAGACUGCAUAUUUUUUCAUCUUGCCAAACAAAAGCAACAAUUAGAAGAGUAUGUAUAUGUACUUUUUAAAAAUUUAAUAUUAUAUUAAGAAAUUCACUGUUGUUAUAUAAAAAAAAAAUUAUUGUUAUAAGAAUUUUUUUUUAACUUUUACCACUCUUUAGACACUAAGAGUGCCUUUUUUUUCUAUACCCAUUGUGGGUUUGGUCAGGUCCACAAUUAGAAUGAUUGUAUGAUGAGGGACUGACUGGGCCCGACAUAUUUGAGACUGACUACCCUUGAAAAAUUCCCAGGAGUUGCUCGUCUGGGUUCAAUUCUGGGUUUUUGGAGUGACAUGCCAGUACCUUAACUGUCUCAGCCAUGUGACCAUUGAAUUUAGAUGCUAGAAGAUA